CUGAUCGCCAACCGGGGGGAAAUCGCGGUCCGGAUCAUCCGCGCCUGCCGGGAAUUCGGCAUCAAGACCGUCGCCGUCCAUUCCACGGCGGACGCCGAGGCGAUGCAUGCCCGGCUCGCCGACGAAUCAGUCUGCAUCGGGCCGCCCGCGCCAAGGGAGAGCUAUCUCAACAUCCCGGCGAUCAUCGCCGCCGGCGAGAUCACCAACGCUAACGCAAUCCACCCCGGCUACGGCUUCCUCUCCGAGAGUGCCGAUUUCGCCACCAUCGUGGAGGAGCACGGCUUCAUCUUCAUCGGCCCGAGCCCGUCGCACAUCACGUUGAUGGGCGACAAGAUCCGCGCCAAGCAGACGGCCGCCGAGCUCGGCCUGCCGGUGAUUCCGGGCUCCGCCUCGGCACUGGAAAACGCCGAUUCCUUUGCCCAGGCCGCCGACGACAUCGGUUAUCCGGUCCUCAUCAAGGCGGUCGCGGGCGGCGGCGGGCGCGGCAUGAAGCGGGUCGACAGCCGCGAAGAGCUGGUGACGGCGGUCGCCACGGCACGCGCCGAGGCCGAUGCCGCCUUCGGCAACGACGCGCUCUAUCUGGAAAAACUGGUCGCGGCCCCACGCCAUAUCGAGGUGCAGGUGCUCGCCGACCAGUUCGGCAACGCGGUGCACUUGGGCGAGCGCGACUGCUCCUUGCAGCGCCGCCAUCAGAAGGUGCUGGAGGAAGCGCCAUCGCCGGCACUGGACCCGCAUCAGCGGGCGGAGAUCGGCGCGCGCGCCAGCGCCGCGGUCCGCGAGCUCGGCUAUCGCGGGGUGGGCACGCUGGAGUUCCUCUACGAGGACGGUGCCUUCUAUUUCAUGGAAAUGAACACGCGUAUCCAGAUCCGGGUCGCAGCCGGCGAGCCCCUCGCCCUCAAUCAAGAGGAUGUGCGCUUCGAGGGCCACGCCAUCGAGUGCCGGAUCACGGCUGAGGACCCCGACACGUUUCGUCCCUCGCCCGGCACCGUCAGCGGCUACCACACGCCGGGCGGGCCGGGCGUGCGCAUCGAUUCCGCGCUCUACGACGGCUACCGGAUCCCGCCCUACUACGACAGUCUCAUCAGCAAGGUGAUCGCUCAGGCGGGCAGCCGCACGGCGUGCGUCAUGCGUCUCAGGCGGGCGCUGGAAGAAUACGUCAUCCAGGGCGUGUCGACCACGAUCCCGCUGCACCUGCGCCUGCUCGCCAGCACGGCGUUCGCCGAGAGCGCAUACGACAUCCACUGGUUCGAGCGCUUCGUGACGGAGACCGGCACCGGUCCCGCUCCGUAG